AUGAGUAUGAAGUUAGCAGCCAAGACAUUUCGCGUGCCCCGAACAACAUUACGUGUCAGAUUCAAAAAUCAAGAUAAAGAUGGAAAGCCAGGUGCACCUACAUUGCUGAGUAAGAAGGAAGAGGAAAGCUUAGUAAAUUUCAUUCUUCAACAUUGGAAGAGUCGUUCAUGUAAAAGAAGAGAAGUGACAUUUGUGAAUAACACAUUAGGAAAACCAAUGGCAGUGAUACAAGGCUUCACUUACUACUGUUCAUCUAAAAGCAGUCUAUCAAUAUCUUGGCGUUGUACUAGAGGAAAACCUUUUCGUUGGGUACAAAAUAAACGAGGCAAGCUGCUGGGGCUUAUCAAUGGAUUCACGUUUUACACUAAUACCAAGAACAUCACUUCGAUUUUAUGGAGAUGCUGUAGAAGUGUUAUAGUGGCAACUAACCUAGCGGGUAAGCAAGUAGCUGUGCUAAACGGCUUCACGUACUACUGUGCAGCUGUGGGGACUUCCACUGUCGCCUGGAGAUGUACAAGAGGAAAGAUGUGCAAAGCAAGAUUCGUCACUACAAGAGAUAUGUACUACGUCAUCCGAAAACAAGGGUGUCACGAUCAUAAUCCACCAAAGUUUUUUGUUGCUGAUGGCAUAUUGUAUAAAGGAAAGAAGAAUUUAAAUGAAAUUACAUAUUAUGAA